UAGUAACAGUCAUCUCUCUCCUCCCGCCAACUAAAACCCUAGAAAGCUAAAACCUCUGCAAAUCCAAAUCCAGAUCCACACCGUCAAUUUCCAUCUCCGAUCAGAUUUCCGGAGCAUCUCGAUCCAUUUCCGACGCCGGCGAGAUGGAUGUAAACUAGUUCUCUCGUUAGAUAUUGUACAAGAAUCAUUCUAGGGAUGUUCUAUUCAUACGCUAGAGGUUUCUCAGCUUGGAGGAGUCUCCGUCGAUUUCGAACUGACUUUAGAGCUACUAAUUUGUGGAAUCAUGUUGAAUCUCCUGUUUCACUAUCACCUGAAUUGAGAUCUCCGUUCAGAAUCGUCGGAAACUACGCUCCUUCAUUCGCUAGUCUAGCUGAAAGUGGAAAAUCAUGCUCCAGUUUUUGUACGUUGUCUUCUCAAGAUGACUUAUCUGAUAAUGUUGCUGCUAAAAAUAAGGCAAAAAAGGUUGAUAUCAACAAGGAAAGUAAGCCGAUUGAUUUCACAAAGAUUGAUAUCAAUUUGCUUCCAACAGUUCUUAUUGUAGGGCGUCCAAAUGUAGGCAAAUCUGCAUUGUUUAAUCGUCUUAUUCGACGAAGAGAAGCACUAGUGUAUAAUACUCCAACUGACCAUGUUACACGAGAUAUUCGAGAAGGGGUUGCAAAAUUGAGUAAUUUACGUUUUCGGGUGUUAGAUUCUGCCGGUUUAGAAGCAGAAGCAUCUAAAAAUUCUGUUCUUGGAAGAACAACUGAAAUGACGAGAAAUGUGUUGGGAAAAUGUCAGUUUGCUCUCUUACUCAUGGAUGCAAGAGAGGGAAUACAUCACGAAGAUAUAAACGUUGGAAAGUGGAUGAGGAAGAAUGCUGCGGGAAUCAAGACUAUUAUUGUGAUGAAUAAAUCGGAAUUGCUCAAUGAUUAUGAUGGAUCAAUUGAAAUUGCUAUUGCUGAAGCUAAUAUGUUAGGGUUUGGAAAUCCUAUUGCUUUAUCUGCUGAGACUGGCCUUGGUAUGACUGAACUAUAUGAAGCUCUUAAGCCGAUGCUUGAAACCCAUAUGCUUCAAGUCCUUAAUGAUCAUGAAGAUGAAGAGGAAACCAGUCAUAUCCCCGAAGAAGAUGAGCUUUCUAAAUUACCAUUACAAUUAGCAAUUGUAGGAAAACCCAAUGUUGGGAAAUCGACAUUGCUCAACAAAAUUCUUGGAGAAGAGCGUGUUCUGGUUGGCCCAGAAGCUGGCUUAACAAGAGAUUCAAUUCGGGUUCAUUUCGAAUAUGAAGGGAGAGCUGUAUAUUUGGUUGAUACUGCAGGUUGGUUACCAAGGACGAAAGAUGAGAAAGGACCAUCAUCCCUGAGUAUAGUGCAAUCAAGAAAAAAUCUUAUGAGAGCUCAUGUAGUUGCUCUAGUCCUUGAUGCUGAAGAGAUUGCAAAAGCGAGAAAAAGCAUGAAGCAUGCUGAAGUAGUGAUAGCGAGACGAGCUAUUGAGGAAGGGCGUGGUUUGAUUGUGAUUGUGAACAAGAUGGAUCUUCUGAAAGGCAAACAAAGGGAUCUUGUCAUGAAAGCUGUUCCAGAAGAAGUACAGACAGUUAUACCUCAGGUAACCGGAAUACCAGUUGUUUUCAUAGCAGCAGCAAUGGAAGGUGGGACUGGUCAAAUAGACGUUAUGAACCAGGUUAUUGAAACCUAUGAAAGAUGGUGUUCUAGGUUAUCCACAGCCCAUCUUAACCGUUGGUUGCGCAAGGUAAUGAGUAGACAUUCAUGGAAGGAUCAGUCUGCUCAGCCGAAAGUGAAGUAUUUUACUCAGGUGAAAGCAAGGCCGCCUACAUUUGUGGCAUUUCUGGGUGGGAAAUUGAAGUUGGCAGAUACAGACAUGAGAUUCUUGACUAAUUCUUUGAAGGAAGAUUUCGAAUUGGGUGGGAUUCCUAUUCGAAUAAUGCAGCGAUCGGUUGAGAGAAACGCAGGAGCCAGAGGUGGCGGCAAGAACAGCAAGUCCAAGGCCGGGAAAGUGGAGAGGGUUACUUCAGACAAGAGAACUCUCAUUACAUCAAAAACUGAAACUGAAACUGAAAUUUGAUCAACUAAUUAUUAUUAUAUAUAUGUAUGUGCAAUCUAAACUGAAUUUUUGACCUAAUUGUGUACAUUCCUUUCUUACUCUU